AUGGGCCUCUAUCAUGUCGAUACUCCCCUCACCAACUUUCGCCUCUUCUACAAGCUCCCUCAAGAGAUCCGCGACAUGAUAUGGAAAGCAGCAGCCGAAGAGGAAGAGCCCCGGGCAGUCCUUCUCUUCAGCAAGCCGCAGUUGUGCCGCCCAGUCGAGUUCUGUGCCGCAUACGCAAAUCCAGGGCUCUUACACGCGUGUACCGGCUCAAGAAAGGCAGCAAUACGCAAGCAUCCCCAGCAUCUCGGCGCUCUCCUCUCCAACGCAACACACCCUCUGGCUACUCCGAUCUAUUUCGAUAAUAAGAGGGACACGCUUGUACUCGCCAACGAAGCAACCAGGGCCCUUUUGGCUUCGCUGAAAUAUGAUCACCGUCUCUCCCCCGAGGCAAAGUCGAGCCUAUCAUAUACGGAUAUGUGGAACUGCUUCUGCGACAUCCGAUCAGUUGUUGUUUUCGGAAACAAAUUGCACUCGGCAGAGGCACUGUCUAGUUCCCAAGAGGAGACAACUGGGAGGAACAGGAUCAUUCUUGCGGCUCGGCACUUACUCGAGGGAAGAAGCGAAGGAUCCAAAAUCAAAUCUUGGCCCAGGGACAUCCAUAUCAGCCAUGGUGCAAAUUUCUGGUCCCAAAUGAAACUUGCAUCGAUUUUAAGAUUAUCGAAUAAGUGGGAGCUGGUGGCAAAGCUGCAAUCCAACCCUUACAUCCAUUAUGAGAGGAUUGGAGGUGGUGGCAGGCUUCUUGUUGUUGGGCAGUUGGUAGGUAUAGAGCGGCGGCGGUUGGACCGCAGGGAAGAGAUGACCGACCACCAUAUUCAGUAA